AGGAAGGGAGGGGGGUGGGAAAAGUUUGAGAAGGGGAGAGAGAGAGGGAGAAAGAGAAGGAGCCAGCCUCAUUCAGAGAUAGGAGUCCCAAUGAGUGAGUGUGAGCUGAGAGUGGAGAAAGAGCUGUAAACAUCUCAGCCUGGAGGCUGGACGGGAGGAGGGAUUUCUCUGACUUUGUGCCUUUUUCAAACUUUUUGUGUCCCUGGAGCUGUGUCUUUCUCUGUGUGUGUAUAUGCGGGAGGUACAGGCAGGGGCUAUGCAAAGUGAGAGAAGUCGGUGGCAGGGGUAGGGGUGUACAAACUGUGGAAGAGAGAGAGGGGGGGGGGGGGGAGGCAAACUACUCGGAAGGAAAGGAACCAUGCAAGUGGAUGCUGUCUUCUGCUGGGUCAGGUUACGCAAAAUGAGAAACUACUCCAAGAGCACUUCAUCAGGGCUCACCCAGCUCAGAAAGGAUGCCAGCUGCUAGCACCAUGACCGGUGGGAGGGCCCUGCUGCUCUGUACAAACACUGACAACUGUAUCUACCAAUCAGUCAACGGGCUCCAGUGUUGUGGCUUGAAGCUCGGGGAGGCUCCGUCAUCUGCGGUGCCCCAGCGCCAGGAGGUGUGCGGGUCACCAGGGGACAGAGACAGGAGGGAUACUUCUGUGUCCACCAAGCGUCCCCUCUCCCCUCUACUCAGCCUGAGCGACAGCCCGGGUCCUCCUGACACCAUGCUGGCUCACAGGAGAGCCACCACCACCGACCCGCGGAAUCCCAACAUGGAGAAUGGGCUGUGUGGCAAGCUGAACAACAAGAGCCCAGCGGCAGUCAAGACUGCCAGCAUCCGUGAUAAGAUCUCACAAUGGGAGGGCAAAAAGGAGCCUGCCCCGCUAACCCCUACAGGGACAUGUCCUCUCAGCACGACACAGAAGGAAGUUGAGACUGUGAGGAAAAAGGAAUCUAAAGCGUCAGAGGUCCAAAGGACAGAUAGCAAGAGGUUUGUCGGCUGGGACAGACAAGACUCAGGGAAGGAGAAUGUUGGAAAGCUGGGCGAUUCGAGGCCUAAAUCUCCGGAAGGCCCAGCCAACAAGGACAGAGAGGUGAUCCUAGAGAGGGGAUUUCGGGCUUCCAAGCCAACAGAACAACCCCAAGACAAGAAAAGUGUUUUAACUCACGUUAAGAAACUGGAGAAGGCAACAAAGGAGGUUCCUGACAGACCUUCUCUGGCAUUUCCAGGGAAUUACUUCUGCCCUCCUUCAAAGGAGGAGCUGGAGGAAACAGAAAAGAGAGCCAACGAGCCCAUUUUUGGGACUUUUGACGUUGUUCGGCCUGGCGGGUCGCGGAGGAGGAGGGAGGGGGAUCCAGAGAACGUUUACAGUGAGCCAGGUGCUCCGUCUAUAAACCCUCUACCUAAACCUCAGAGAACCUUCCAGCAUCACACCCCUCCCACUACCCCAGCCUCAGGGCCUGGCUCGGGGAAGGGAAGGAGGAACUUGCCCCCUUUGCCCUCCAUUCCUCCUCCACCUUUACCCACGUGCCCACCACCUGGAGUUUGCAGGAGACCCUGGGCUGACAAACCCCGGGACAGUAGUAACAGGAAGUCCUACGAAUUUGAGGAUCUGCUCCAGUCGUCUACAGAAAGCUGCAGGGUGGACUGGUACGCUCAGUCCAGACUGGGCCUAACACGCACUUUAUCAGAAGAGAAUGUCUACGAGGACAUCAUAGAUCCUCCUCUAUCCAAGGAGAACCCGUAUGAAGAUAUAGAGCUGGAGAGAAGUUUUUUGGGAAGCAAAUGUGUUUCACCUGCCUCCUCAUCUCCUGUCCCUGACACACCAACUAAGCUCACCACCAAGCCCGGCUUCUUCAGACAAAAUUCAGAACGGCGAAGCUUCAAGCUCCUGGAGCUACGCAAGACCAGCAGGGACACUGGCAUCUCCUCUCCCUCCCGUAUCAGCCCCCCCUCCACGCCCAGCAGCCCCGACGACACGCCCUGCCUCUCGGGAGACCCGUACAAUCGCAGACGGAGGAAAAUCCCCAAGAUGGUGCUGAAAAUCAAUGGCAUCUUCGAGGCGCGGAGAGGGAAGAAACGAAUGAAGAGGGUGUCUCAGUCCACAGAGUCCAGCUCAGGGAGAGUGACAGAUGAGAACAGCGAGUCGGAAAGUGACACGGAGGAGAAACUAAAAGCUCACAGCCAGCGGCUGGUGUCGGUCCAGUCCAUGCUGAGGCAGACGGGGCGGUACCGGACCUUGGAGAGGGAUCUGAUGGACUUGCAGGAGAGGAAACUCUUUGAGUAUUUCAUAGUUGUUGCGCUCCACAAGACCAAGGCUGGAGUCCCGUACCUGCCAGAAGUCACUCAGCAGUUCCCUCUCAAGCUUGAGAGGAGCUUUAAGUUCAUGCGGGAGGCUGAGGACCAGCUGAAGGUCAUCCCUCAGUUCUGUUUCCCUGACGCCAAAGACUGGGCGCCUGUCGACAACUUCCCCAGUGAGACGUUCUCAUUUGUCCUUACUGGUGAGGAUGGAAGCAGGCGGUUUGGGUACUGUCGGCGAUUACUGCCCAGCGGUAAAGGCCGACGGCUCCCUGAGGUCUACUGCAUCGUCAGCCGCCUGGGCUGCUUCGACCUCUUCUCCAAGAUCCUGGAUGAAGUGGAGAAGAGGAGGGCUAUCUCUCCUGCUCUGGUGCAGCCUUUUAUGAGAGGCAUAAUGGAAGCUCCCUUCCCGGCUCCAGGAAGGACCAUCACUGUCAAAAACUUCCUACCUGGCUCUGGUACAGAGGUGAUAGAGCUGUGUAGGCCGUCAGAUUCUCGUCUGGAACAUGUGGACUUUGAAUGUCUCUUUUCCUCCUUGAGUCUACGUCUGCUACUCCGAGUGUUUGCCUCUCUACUCCUGGAGCGCAGGGUCAUCUUCACCGCCGACAAACUCAGCACAUUGUCUCAGUGUUGUCAUGCAGUAGUGGCUCUCCUCUACCCCUUCACCUGGCAGCAUACGUACAUCCCCGUGCUCCCGCCCUCCAUGUUGGAUAUCGUGUGCACCCCCACCCCCUUUAUAGUCGGCCUCCUCUCCAGCUCUCUGCCUCGGCUCAAAGAGCUGCCCAUAGAAGAGGUCCUGGUGGUCGACCUCGGCAACAGUCGCUUCCUACGACAGCUGGAUGAUGAGGACUCCAUCCUUCCACACAAGCUGCAGGCAGCUCUGGAGCAUGUGCUGGACAAGAGGAGGGAGCUGGCCAGUGAGAAAGGAGAUCUGCCUAAUGACUCCAGCUCCCUCAGCGCGGUGGUGUCGGAGGCCUUUGUGCGUUUCUUCGUGGAGAUGGUGGGUCACUACUCGCUCUUCAUAGGUGGGUCAUCAGAGAGGGAGGACGAGUCCAUCUCCUCCCCCACCUCGCCCAGCCCCUCUUCUUCCCCGUCCUCGUCCUUUCAACGCGAAGCCUUUCGCAAAGCGGUCACGUCCAAGAGCUUGAGGAGGUUCCUGGAGGUGUUCAUGGAGACCCAGAUGUUCACCGGCUUCAUCCAGGAGAGGGAGCUGCGCAGGCAGGGCCUCCGAGGUUUGUUUGAGGUGAGAGCUCAGGAGUAUCUGGACUCGCUGCCGGGGAGCGAGCAACGAGGAGUCAACAAGUUCCUCAAGGGUCUAGGAAACAAGAUGAAAUUCCUUUCCAAGAAAUGAUGCUGCCUUGGAGUCAGGAUGUCAGGUGUGAAAGUAGGAAAAAGCAUGAAGAGGCGUGCCGUAAUAAAGAAGAAGAAGAAGAAGAAGAAGAGGACACGCUCCGUGGACGUGGAGAACGUAGAGAUGGAGAUGUGUCUUUAGGUCGGAACAAAGGAAGAACCCUUGAAGUGAUCAGGACUCAUGAGGGAAUCUGGAGAAAGUCAUUCCAUUAGUGUUGUGAAGGGUUCACUCAGCUUGGACCAAAACUCCCCUCCGACACGAUAAAGCGACGUCUAACGGCGUCUCGUCAGACUCCUGCCUGGGUUUUUAAUGUCUCACAGAUUACAGUGGAUCCCUGCAGUGUGUUACUGUACAGCUCAGCUCAGUGUAAAUGUUUUUAGGAACAGUGUUCUCUCCCUCCUUCGGUCUCCGACCUCACCUAUAAACCUGUAAGAGGGAGCGUCACUGAACGUCCCAUUUUGUACAAUACCUUCCUAUACAUUCCAAGUACUUUCUAUAGAAGCUUUUAAUAAAUACAAUAGUACAACUUCUUCAUCAACAGGAGGCUUUUAAGUUAAUUUAUAUUCUUUUUAGAUAAUCUCUUUUUUUUUUUUUAAUUUUUCCUUCAGAUGAGUGCAAAGAAAUCUCCUGUAGUUUGUAUUUAACAGAGUCUAGUCCAGACUGUUUGUAGACCACUUUGGGUUGUUGGGUAAAUGUACCACUGUUUUAAGUAAAAAGGAAUGAGCACCAAAAAGGUAGGAAAUCAAUGUGAAUACAUCUCUCACUUGGAUGGACUCGACGUUGAAGGAAGAUGUGUAUCUUUAGGCCAAUCAGUAUCAAUGUGUUGUAGGUUUUUGCCUUAAACUUGAUUGAGAAUGAAACUUUUUAAAUAAAGUGAUUUGAACAAAUA